AGGGGGCGCUAAGAAGGAUUAUCUCUCCAGCUGGGUCCCUAUCUUUUCCCCAGGAGGUCUAGAGUCCUGAGAAGAAUGAGUGAUCAGCUCAGCCCACCAAGAGUACCCCUUCUCGGUUGACCUGGAGAUUUAGUGGUAGGGUUUGGGGCUCGACCCGCCCUGGGGCAGUGAUGUCCCAGAACUUUAGGCUCAGACUUUGGGCCGCCGUCUCACCCCGUCCGCAGUUCCUGGUUCCAGGGUCCCCUCCGGGGAACCCCCGGAGCGGGAGCAGUGCUUUCCCCAUCAUCCAUUGGUGGGGAGGGUGUGAAGGACGCUGAGGGCUACUGCUGUCGCCGAGAGCUGCCUCCUAGCAGGGCUGCGCUCUCCCUUCGUGCAGCCGCUUCAUCUCCCUCUGCAUAACGAAAACUGCUUCCCAUCCAUUAUUUCAUCAGGGCUUCGGGCACUUCUGCAAGCUGAGCUGGGCCCAGCCUCUUCCCCGCCUCUCCUCGGCCCCAGCUCCCGGCGAGCAGCGGCCUGUCCGAAGAGCAUGCUGCCCCCUCACUCCCCGCCUGGCCUCGCCAUCCCUGCCCCCCCAGCCUGACCCCCGGCCCCAGCAUGGCCCAGGGUGCCAUGCGCUUCUGCUCAGAGGGCGACUGUGCCAUCUCCCCACCACGAUGCCCACGCCGCUGGCUCCCCGAAGGCCCAGUACCACAAAGCCCCCCAGCCAGCAUGUAUGGCAGCACGGGCUCCCUGCUACGGCGGGUGGCAGGUCCAGGUCCCCGGGGCCGGGAACUGGGACGUGUGACAGCACCCUGUACACCCCUGCGUGGCCCUCCCUCCCCCCGUGUUGCUCCUUCACCCUGGGCACCCUCUUCACCCACUGGGCAGCCCCCUCCGGGGGCGCGGAGCUCUGUGGUCAUAUUCCGCUUUGUGGAGAAGGCCAGCGUGAGGCCACUAAAUGGGCUACCGGCUCCUGGAGGCUUGAGUCGGAGCUGGGACCUGGGUGGGGUCUCUCCUCCCAGGCCCACCCCAGCCCUUGGGCCUGGCUCCAACCGGAAGUUGCGGCUAGAGGCCUCCACAUCAGACCCACUCCCUGCCGGAGGAGGCUCAGCUCUGCCUGGCAGCCAGGGCCUUAUCCAUGGGCCACCAGCCCAACCUCAGGUUGGAGCAGAUGGCCUUUACUCCUCUCUCCCCAAUGGGCUGGGGGGACCCUCUGAGCACCUGGCCAAGCUAUUCCUAGGACCUGCUGACACUGGACUCCUGAACCAGGGAGACACCUGGUCCUCCCCCCGGGAAGUCUCCUCUCAUGCCCAGAAAAUUGCUCGAGCCAAAUGGGAAUUCUUCUAUGGCUCCCUGGACCCCCCAGGCUCAGGUGCUAAGCCCCCAGAGCAGGCCCCCCCAUCUCUACUUGGGGUGGGCUCUGGGCAGGGCUCUGGGGUGGCUGUGGGACGAGCAGCCAAGUACUCCGAGACGGACCUGGACACGGUGCCCCUGAGGUGCUACCGCGAGACGGACAUCGAUGAGGUGCUGGCUGAGCGGGAGGAGGCUGACUCGGCCAUCGAGAGUCAGCCUAGCUCUGAGGGCCCACACAGCACUGCCCGCCCACCUGCCCCACGUCCCAGUCCAUGCCUUGGCCCUUGUCCCAGCCUGGGCAGUGGAAAUGAGGAGGACGAGGAUGAGGCAGGUGGGGAAGAGGAAGUGGACGACGAGGUGUUUGAGGCCUCAGAGGGGGCCCGGCCAGGCACCCGGAUGCCUCAUCCUGGGCCUCUCAAGUCGCCUGUGCCCUUUCUACCUGGGACCAGCCCCUCGGCUGACGGGCCUGACUCUUUCAGUUGCGUGUUUGAAGCCAUCUUGGAGUCACACCGAGCCAAGGGCACCUCCUACACCAGCCUUGCCUCACUGGAGGCCCUGGCCUCACCAGGCCCAACCCAGAGCCCCUUCUUCACCUUUGAGCUGCCUCCCCAGCCCCCUGCCCCCCGGCCUGACCCGCCUGCUCCCGCCCCACUUGCACCUCUUGAGCCAGAUUCUGGUACCAGCUCCGCCGCUGAUGGGCCUUGGACACAGAGAGGGGAGGAAGAGGAAGCAGAGGCUGGAGCCAAGCAGGACCCAGGGAGGGAGCCUGCUAGUCCCUGCCGCUCAGAGGACAGCUUUGGGCUGGGGGCAGCACCCCUGGGCAGUGAGCCACCACUGAGCCAGCUGGUGUCUGACUCGGACUCAGAGCUGGACAGCACGGAGCGGCUGGCCCUGGGAAGCACAGACACCUUGUCCAAUGGGCAAAAAGCAGACCUGGAGGCCGCGCAGCGCCUAGCUAAGAGGCUGUACCGACUAGACGGCUUCAGGAAGGCCGACGUGGCCCGGCAUCUGGGCAAGAACAAUGACUUCAGCAAACUUGUGGCUGGCGAGUACCUCAAGUUCUUUGUCUUCACGGGCAUGACUCUGGACCAAGCUCUCAGGGUGUUUCUGAAGGAGCUGGCAUUAAUGGGUGAGACCCAAGAACGGGAGCGCGUGCUGGCCCACUUCUCCCAGAGAUACUUCCAGUGCAAUCCCGGAGCCCUGUCCUCAGAGGACGGUGCGCACACGCUGACCUGCGCCCUCAUGCUACUCAACACCGAUCUCCACGGCCAUAACAUUGGGAAGCGCAUGACCUGCGGAGACUUCAUCGGAAACCUGGAGGGCCUCAAUGAAGGCGGAGACUUCCCCAGGGAGCUGCUCAAGGCCUUGUACAGCUCCAUCAAGAAUGAAAAGCUGCAGUGGGCCAUAGACGAGGAGGAGCUGAGACGCUCUCUGUCUGAGUUGGCCGACCCCAACCCCAAGGUCAUCAAGAGGGUCAGCGGGGGCAGUGGCAGCGGCUCCAGCCCUUUCCUGGACCUGACUCCUGAGCCCGGGGCUGCAGUCUACAAGCAUGGGGCCCUGGUGCGAAAGGUGCACGCAGACCCUGACUGCAGGAAGACACCUCGGGGCAAGCGGGGCUGGAAGAGCUUCCACGGGAUCCUCAAGGGCAUGAUCCUCUACCUGCAGAAGGAGGAGUACCAGCCCGGGAAGGCCCUAUCAGAGGCAGAGCUAAAGAAUGCCAUCAGCAUCCACCAUGCACUGGCCACGCGUGCCAGCGACUACAGCAAGAGGCCCCACGUCUUCUACCUGCGCACAGCAGACUGGCGGGUCUUCCUCUUUCAGGCCCCGAGCCUGGAGCAGAUGCAGUCCUGGGUCACUCGCAUCAAUGUGGUGGCUGCCAUGUUCUCUGCACCCCCCUUCCCAGCUGCUGUCAGCUCCCAGAGGAAGUUCAGCCGCCCUCUGCUGCCCAGUGCUGCCACCCGCCUCUCCCAGGAGGAGCAGGUGCGGACCCACGAGGCCAAGCUGAAGGCCAUGGCAAGUGAGUUGCGAGAGCACCGGGCUGCACAGCUGGGCAGGAAGGCCCGGGGCAAGGAGGCGGAGGAGCAGCGGCAGAAGGAGGCCUACCUGGAGUUUGAGAAAUCCCGCUAUGGCACGUACGCGGCGCUGCUUCGGGUCAAGCUGAAGGCGGGCAGUGAAGAGCUGGAUGCGGUGGAGGCGGCACUGGCCCAGGCCGGGAGCUCGGAGGAUGGCCUCCCCCCACCUCACUCCAGUCCCUCCCCGCAGGCCAACCCUUCCAGCCAGCCCAGGGCUCAGGGUCCCGGCUCAGAGCCUCGCACAGGGGCAAGCAGUGGGCGGUGGAAGCUCUGAGCUAGGGGGAGGAGCGUGGGGGGUCAGCGCCCACUGGGCACCUGCAUGACAGCCCCGCCUGAGCCCGGGCCGGCCUCGGGCCACCCGCCAGGGCCCCUCGGCCCAGGGCCCGACCGCGCCGGACGCGGUGUCCGGGGCAGGGCAGGGCUAGGGCCUGGGCCUUGGGAGCCUAGGUUAGGGGCCCCUCUGAGACCCCCAUUUUGUGAUAAUGUUUUGCACUUUUUCGUACGGGGUGGGGGGCUGGGGUGGGAGGGGCCAGGGCCCCUUGGACUUUUGAUGCUUUUUUUUUUUUUUUUUUUUUUUUUGGCGGCGGGGGAGGCCUGACGUUUCUGCUUUCUGCUGAGACCACCCCCACCCGACACCAGCAAUCCCCCUCCAUCCUGGGGCCUGGCUCAGAUAGAGGCCAGGAGUUGGGGCUGAGCUGGUUUUCCCUCCUUCCUCCCUGAGGCUCACCCUCUCUCCUUCCAGAGGCAGAGGAAGGGUAUCCAUGCCUAGGCCCCCUACAGAGUCUGGGGACAGCAUGGCCUUGCUUUCCCUCCUUCAGUGGGCCCUGCCCUUUGUACAGCCUCCCCUCCCAUUAAAACUGCUCUGGACUUGC